GAGGAGAGGAGAGGAGGUGAGGAAGGAGGAGGCGCCUGAGUCUGGGGAGGCGGACUGUGCGGAGAGGGACCGGGCUCUCGGGGCUCCGGGGCAGACGGGAGCUGAUAUAAACGCGCCGCCCUUCACUCGGGGCUAUCGGCGGAUAAGGGAAACGUCGCUACCUGUGCGCACUGACCUCCGGCGCCUCGCAGACACAGCGGUGACGCGCCGUGCGCCGGCACAUGUGGAGCGGCCAUCCAUGGCCACGCUGGACGGCUGCCGCUGCCGGGGAGCCAGCGGACGGAACAACAGCAGCAUCCUCUACAGCAUCCUGAAGAGUGACGGCCUGGCCGCCGCCGAGGAGCCGCAGCAGGAGCAUCAGCAUCAGCAUCAGCAUCAGCAUCAGCAAGAGCAACAGCGAACACUGCAACACUUGUUCCACAAGGCGUCCCCGUCCUCCUGCGCGCCCGCCUCGCUGCAGGAGCUCCGGCGGCUGCAGCAGCAGCAGCAGCAGCAGCAGCAGUCGUGCUCCUGCGGCUCGACGCGCCGCCGCGGCGUCCUCCGCUCGCCGCAGGUGACGUGCAAAGCGGCGUCGGCGGUGCUGGUGAAGACGCUGCGCUUCGUGAAGAACGUGCCGUGCUUCCGCGAGCUGCCGGAGGACGACCAGCUGCUGCUGAUCCGCAGCGGCUGGGCGGCGCUGCUCGUGCUGGGGCUGGCGCAGGACCGCGUGGACUUCGACACCACGGAGACGGUGGAGCCCAGCAUGCUGCAGCGCAUCCUCACGGGCUCCCCGGACAGACCCAGCGAGGCGCCGGCCGGCCGGGGCCCGGGCCAGGGGAGAGGGGCGGCCGGCGUCUCGGUGGUGGACAUCGAGGCCAUCAAGGCUUUCCUGAAGAAGUGCUGGAGUGUGGAUAUCAGCACGAAGGAGUACGCGUAUCUGAAAGGCGCCGUGCUGUUCAACCCGGAUCUGGAGGGUCUGCGCUGCCUCCACUACAUCCAGUCGCUGCGUCGCGAGGCGCACCAGGCUCUGAACGAGCACAUCAAGCUCAUCCACCGCGAGGACACGACGCGGUUCGCCAAGCUGCUCAUCGCCCUGUCCAUGCUGCGGGCCAUCAGCCCGCCGGUGGUCGCCCAGCUCUUCUUCAGGCCCGUCAUAGGGAGCGUCGACAUUGAGGAGGUGCUCAUGGAGAUGUUCUACGGGAAAUGAGACUCGGCCGGGCUCCGCGGAGGGAGUGAAUUCUGCAGGUUCAGCUGCCAGGUGGACUUGAAGUGAUGCUGUAAGCUCUUGUCCGGUGUGUAGGGAGUGAGGGCAGGUGGAGAGGAUGUUAUAAGGACUGAAUAUACAAAUACUGCGUGUGGGAGAUCUUCAAAAUCUGGGGAACGACCAACACUGGCGAGAGACAGAGAGUGAGAGUGUGUGUGUGUGUGUGUGCGCAUGAGAGAAUGAGAGAGAGCGGAGGGUUGAGGUGUUCUAAUAGAGGAACAAUGCAGAGCAGCUGCUGGAAUUCAUAAUUUAUUUGUUUUUAUAUACAUUAUUUUUCUAUAAUAAAAAGAAUAAUCUCAGA